CGUUUUCAUCUAUAUCGUGUCAAACAAACCUAACGUCUUCAAUUAGUUGGAGCCAAAUUUCAAACCCUAUAAAUAACACCAACGUAAUGGCAGGGAAUGUUAUUGGAGGUGCAGCACUUGGACAAGCAUUCAGAAUGUUAUCUGAAUCAGUCUCACAUGUUGGCAAAACUUCCAUCUACUUCGAGUCGAAUUUUCGACGAUUGAAUUCAACGUUGCUUUCUAUUAAGCCAGUGCUUGAGGACAUAGAGAGACUGAACAAAGCAUUGGAAGGAAGAGAAUCAGAGAUUGAAAUAUUCAAGAAGAGGUUAGAGGAAGGUGAGAAAUUUGUACGUAAAAGCGCGAAAAUUAAACGUUACAAUGUGUGUAAAAGGUGGUACUAUUCGAAGAAAUUGGCUGAUCUUGAAAAAUCUACGUUGAAGUUUUUUGAGGUGCAUGGCUUAAUGCAAAUAUGUAGAGACAGGAAAAAGAUACUUUUGGUACUCAAAGAAGAAGGAGAGAAAUUGGAUGAGAUUUAUUCGAUUUUGAAGAAUAUGAAGCUUGAUAAAAACAGACUGAUUUCUACCACAUAAUGUGAACUCUAAAGAAAGAAAAAAGAAAUGCCGGCCAGAAGAUGUUUACUUAUUUUGUUUAUCACACUACCGUUUUGUUUCUAAGUAUUGAAUCUUAUACAAGCAUUAUUGAAAAGAUUAAUACAAGUAUUGUGAGUGUAACUAUAUUUACACAUUAAUCAAGUUGUGAUUGUAUAUAA